AUGGUUAACGGAACCUUCUCCAUCCAAGACGACAAGGCCCUUCCUGUGUUUGCACCCCCAUACACUUCCCAGGAGCCCUUCCACUUUAGCGGCAUGACUUCUGUCUCUAUCAUGUACCGCGUCCGUGCCUCCCAGAUCCAGCACCUUGUGCCGCGUGAACUAGAAAUGGAGGACGAACCGAUCAUGACUUCCUUCUUCGUUCAUUACGGCACCUCUACCGUCGGCGAGUACAACGAAUACGGCAACGCUGUCCAGGUCAAGUAUAAUGGCAAGACGUUCGACUAUUACUUGGUUCUUGUCCUCGACAACGACGGCGCCAUCUUUGCUGGUAGAGAAAUAUUUGGAUAUCCCAAAAUCUUCGGCAAAACCAACUUCCACCCGUCAGCUGGGUCCAAGGUCAUGACGGGAAACGUGGAGCGUCCCGCAGGACGAUCUCUGAUCGAGUUUGAGUUCGCUCCCAAGGCGCCUCUUGAAUUGUCGGCAGAACCCACGAUUUCCAAGGCGCUGAACUUGCGUGUUAUUCCCAGUACGGACCCGACAAAGCCUGCCAUUAAGGAGUUUGUCGCUGUAGAUAUGCAAGUCGAAUUCAGCGAGAAAUGGAGCGGAGAAGGAAGUCUCAAGUUCAACAAAGGAUUCGCAUCGGUUCCAUGGGCCAACAUAGACGUAGUCUCGUACGUCGGGUCUUUCAUGGGAAAGAGCAAGGCCAUUCUCACCAAUGAGGUAGAGCGUUUCCCUCUCUAA